UUUGUGCAACCUGGUGCAUAUCCACGUGGUAUGGUACAGCCUGUUGCAGAUCAAUAUAGGGUGGCGCAACCUGGAAUGGAUCAGCAUGAUUUGGCGCAACCAGGUGCAGACCAGCGAGGCUUGGAGCAACCUGGUGCAGUCUCGCGUGGAUUGGCGCAACCUGGCGCAGACCAGCGUGCCUUGGCGCAACCUAGCGCAGACCAGAGUGCCUUGGCACAACCUGGCGCAGACCAGCGUGGCUUGGCGCAACCUGGCGCAGACCAGCGUGCCUUGGCGCAACCUGGUGCACUUCAGCGUGGCUUGGCGCAACCUGGUGCACUUCAGCGUGGCUUGGCGCAACCUGGUGCACUUCAGCGUGGUUUGGCGCAACCUGGUGUACUUCAGAGUGAUUUGGUGCAACCUGGAAUGCUUCAGCAUGGUUUCCUACAACCUGGUGCAGAUCAGCGUGGUUUGGUCCCAGGUGGAAUUGAUCAGCAAGGCUUGACACCAUUACGCCCAGAGCUUCGUGGCUAUCCACCACAACACAUAGAUUCUCAAAGUUUAAUAUCAUCACGCCCAUAUCAGCAUGGUUUGGCAUCUCCUGGCAGAGGCCAGUAUAUCCAGGCAUCACCACUUCUAGCUAAGCAACAGUUCAUUUCACCAAGAUUAGACCAAGCAAGUUUGGUACCACCAGAAACUUACCAUCUAGGUUUGGUGCAACCUGGCACAGACCAACGUGGCCCACCAUCCUUGGGUUUCACACACCUAGACCAGCAGCAUUCGGUAUCACCUGGCCCAGGUCAGCAUGGCCCUGCAGACUUGGGACUCGAAGAUCAUGGUUCAAGGCACCCAAGUGCAGAUCAGCUGGGCCAGGUAAGUUCAGCUCCUUAUGCAAUAGGCCAACCUCGGUUUCCUGCCCAGACUGGCUCAGACCAAGAUAGCACUUUUGUCUACAAAACCGCAUCAGAAAAGGUGGAAGCCCAAGGUGAACAACGCAAUUCGCUGGAUAAAUUGGCUCCUAUCUUCCCCAUGGCAGUGGAGACAUUUCGUCUGAUGGGAGAGAUUGUUGGCCUCUAUUUGGAGCUAAAGGAACAGAUGAAGGAUCUUGAUGAGGAGGAAGCUGGCCAAACUGAUUUGGAGAAGAUACAAUACCUGCUUUCACUGAUGGUUAAAAAGACCCUACCCCCUGACCUUCAGGAACAGCUGAAGAGUGUAAAGACCUUGGCCAAAGAAGUUCGGCAGGAAAAAGCAAAACUGGACAGGCUGCAAAGGAUCUUGGAGGGUGAAGGGCUGCGAGAAACAGGGAAAGAGAUGAAAACGGGUCAGCUGAGCUUGCAGCUGGGUAUCCUCAGAGUCACCGUGGCUGACAUCGAGAAGGAGCUGGCCGAGCUGAGGGAGAGCCAAGAGCGGGGCAAGGUCACCAUGGAGCAUUCGGUCUCCGAAGCCUCCCUUUACCUGCAGGAUCAGCUGGACAAGCUCAGGACGAUCAUUGAGAACAUGCUGACCUCGUCAUCCACGCUGCUGACCAUGAGCAUGGCCCCCGCCAAGACCCCCACGACCUCAACGCCCAGCCAGAUCGACCCCGAAGCCACCUGCCCCGCCUGCAGCCUGGACCUGAGCCACCAGGUCAGCACGUUGGUGCAGCGCUACGAGCAGCUCCAGGACAUGGUCAACAGUCUGGCAGCCUCCCGGCCCUCCAAGAAAGCCAAGCUCCAGAGCCAGGAUGAAGAGCUGCUGGGCCAUGUCCAGAGCACCAUCCUGCAGGUGCAGGGCGACUGCGAGAAGCUCAACAUCACCACCAGCAACCUCAUAGAGGACCAUCGGCAGAAGCAGAAGGACAUCGACGUGUUGUACCAGGGUCUAGAGAAGCUUGAGAGGGAGAAAGCCAACAGGGAGCACCUGGACGUGGAGAUCGACGGGAAAGCCGACAAGAGCGCCCUGGCGGCCAAAGUGAGCCGCGUCCAGUUCGACGCCACCACGGAGCAGCUGAACCACAUGAUGCAGGAGCUGGCGGCCAAGAUGAGCGGGCAGGAGCAGGACUGGCAGAAGAUGCUGGACAAGCUCCUGGCGGAGAUGGACAGCAAGCUGGACCGCCUGGAGCUGGACCCGGUGAAGGAGCUGCUGGAGGACCGGUGGAAGUCACUGAGGCAGCAGCUCAAAGAGCGCUCCCCCCUCUACCAAGCGGACGAGGCAGCCGCCAUGCGGAGGCAGCUCUUGGUGCAUUUCCACUGCCUCUCCUGUGACCGGCCCUUGGAGACACCAUUGACUGGACAAGUCAUCCCAGUGAUGCCUGUGGGCCCGGCCCUGCCCGGGCACCGUUCCAGCCGCCCCUACACCGUCUUCGAACUGGAGCAGGUCCGGCAGCAGAGCCGCAAUCUGAAGCUGGGCGGCGCCUUUCCCCGGGGCGACCUGUCCCAGAUAGAGCGGAGCGUGGGGCGCCUGCGCAGCAUGCACUCCAAAAUGCUGACGGACAUCGAGAAGGUGCAGAUCCACUUCGGGGGCUCGGUCAAGGCCAGCAGCCAGAUGAUCCACGAGCUGCUGCAGGCCCAGGGCCUCGGCCCCCCUUGCUACCGACGGAUGACAGACAUGGCCGAUUACACUUACCCGACUGUGCCGCGGCGCUGCGGGGGCAGCCACACCCUCACCUACCCCUACCGCCGCAGUCGCCUGCCACACCUGUCGCCGGGCCUGCUCCCCACCGAAGAGAUCCAAAUUGCCAUGAAGCAUGACGAGGUGGAUAUCUUGGGCCUGGAUGGACAUAUUUACAAGGGACGGAUGGACAUGAGGCUGCCGGGCAUCCUGUGCAAAGAGACUCCAGGGGUUGCAAAGCACAAGUCCAAGCAGUCCCGGUCCCAGGGGCACCAGCAGCAGUCCCUCGGUGACAACAACCAGCUGCUGUCACGGCCUCAAAGCGCACAAUUGUUGGCUGGCAACAACCCGGCUUCCUCAAGACAACGCAAGGACAGACCCGUCUCCUCCGUGGGCCUCCUCUCCCAGUCAAACCUGCCUGCACGCAGCCCUCCAGGGCUCGGCAUGCACCUGGACAUGCCUCCUGAUGAGCGGCUCGAGGAGCCCACCCGGGGUCCGCGGUCCACCACUGCCCACUGAA